GUCACAGAGCUUUUGUGUGCCAAGGUGUGGCUGUUUCUAGCUCUCUGGUUCGACGGGAAACGAGUAAAUAUACACCUACGACUUUUAACCUUGUUAAACAGAAAAGCCUUUUUAAAAGCCAUUAUUUUUUGGCGAAGGGCGGUGGCAAAAUAAUGAAAGUAUUCCCUCUCAAACUGGAACUUAUUGAUUUCAAAUAGAAAUUGUCGAUAUUAUAACUGAUCCUUGCCCUCACCCUUUCCGUAACCUUUGCAACAAUUUAGAAACCCUGCCCCCAAUUUAAACACAGCCAGUCCUUCUCAGACAGCAGUAUCCUGAAGUAUUAUUGUGCUCCUUUUUUCCACUGACCAGCCUCUUGGUUUCAGCAGCUAAUGCUCCCAAAAGGUCUCUGCGCUGCUCUCAAGUUACUUUUGUUGUUUUCCUCCUGAGCAACUUUUUAAUCAGAUUUUUCUUUCUGUGAUGGAAGAUAGCCAAGAGAUUUUAAAGGCAGAAAAAGGUGGCAGCCAACAGGAUGGAAAUAGAAGUUCAAAAGAAAAGACUCCAAAAAGGAUCAUAUAUUUUGCAAGUGGUGAAACUCUGGAAGAAUUCAGCUCAGAAGAGGAAGACCAAGAGGAGGUCAUCCAUGAACCCUUUGACACUGCCAGUCUCUCUUGGGGUGCUUACCUGCAAUUUUGGGCACUUCAAGUUGCAGCAGUUUCUUUUUUUACCUGUGAAUUUCUUGGUGGGAAAUUAGCUACAUUAUUUGGACUUGAUCAACCCAAAUAUCAAUAUGCAAUAGACGAACACUACAGAGCUCAGAGAAUGGAAAGUGAAAGUGAUGAAGAUGGUGAAGAUGUGCUAGAGAUGGAGAGAGCUGUUCCACUGGAUGAAAAACAGCACCUGGAAAUGCAGAAUAUAGAAUAUGGGUCCCUUUGUAGCAAAAAUAUAUCCACAUUUUGUCAGAGAAACACAUUUGCAAAUGUCAUUGAAUGUGAAGAAGGUAGACUGGCAGAUCAAAAAUUUAACCCAGUCCCAGGAAAAUAAUAGCAGCGUUGUGAGUCACUGCAUUUCCCCUGCCAGCAAUGUCUGCUCAAUGGAGGAGGGGGGAAUUGUUAGGUACGUAGGAAGUGACGUCAGGAUGACUUUAAAACAGUGGUUCUCAAACUUUGUUUGAAGCUUAGUGAGGAUUGCUCAUUGAGAAGAUAAGCAAUAGCAGAUGAUCUUUCCUAAAAGACCAUAUCUCCUUACUACUGUCUGCAAAAUGUUGUGUAGCUGUUAAGACAUGUAAAUUUCUGGCAGGUGUCUAUUGUGUAGAGCAAGACAAUGAAAGCGAAUUUUAACAGCGUCAAA